AAAGUUAAAAAAAAACAAAUAAUAAUAAUUAUUAAGCUUCUCGGUUAUUGACGUUUUUUUAGUAAUCCUGUGGAAAAGAUUUUGAGCUAUACUUACUCAAAUACUUUAUCUGGAAAUCCAAUCAAUGGCUACUGCUAAAGAAAAACUAGAAGAAAGUCCAGAAUGGUCACCGGAGGAGGAAAUCCAGCUUUUCUUUGCUAUGGACGGUCUCAAACCGAUCGGAAUAAAUCGUCAUUUUUUCAUAGUUUGUGUUGUAGACCGGCUUUCAAAAGCACUAAAUCGAGAUAUCAACAGUGAUGCGGUUUGGUCCCACCUCAAAACCAUGUAUAAUCUCAAAGCAUUGAACGAACAAGAGCAAUUGCCAUUCCCCAAUGAAGAAUGCGAUUUUAGUCUACCAGAAACUGAAUUCUCUCUGGUGAUUAAACAAAAAUCCGUAGAAGAACAGAGCACUGAAGAGAACAAAAAAACAGAGAUAAAAUUGGAGCCCGUCGUAAAAUCAGCCAAAGAGAAGGAACAAGUAGAUAAAGAAAAGGACAAACAACAUGACAAAGAGAAAGACAGUAAAACAACAAAAACAAAAUUCGAUGUCGUAGACAGUACGCCCAAACGGCCUCAGAAACGUACCCGAGGAUCGAUGUCACUUGAACCGAAUGCAAGCAAUCCAGCUAGUACGCCACCAAGUGUGCAAAUGACCAAACGAAGGCGCAUUUAGGUUUAAUGUUGAUGUAACGAACCUAUUGAACUCAUGUAUGUUGCUCCUGUAAAAACGAAUGUUGAAAAUUAAGCAAACUCCUUGGUCAUUGGAUACUUGCCAUUGUAGUAAUAACGUAGAUUGAUAAAAAUAAAAAAGUAGAAUAAGCGAAA